AUGGUUUAUGUAAUAAAGGCGGAGUUGCACGACUCGGGGUACGAUCCGGGCAGGGCGCUGCAAGCUUUAGUUAAAUGUCCCGUUCCAAAAGGGAUUGAUAAAAAAUGGACCGAAGAAGAAACGAAGAGAUUCGUAAAAGGGUUGCGCCAGUUCGGGAAAAACUUCUACAGGAUCAGAAAAGAUCUCCUACCCCACAAAGACACCCCGGAGUUAGUGGAGUUUUAUUAUCUGUGGAAGAAAACACCUGGUGCAAACAACAACAGACCUCACAGGAGAAGAAGACAAGGAUCUCUUAGGAGGAUACGAAACACCAGGAAUAGUAGAGGAGCGGCUAAUACACCCCCGAACUCCGGUCGAGGUUCCACGCCCGCUGAAACAGAAACCAGCCGACCGUUUACCCAACCCGCCAAAGAACCUGGAGAAACAAGUUCGGUCACUGAAGAUGACAACUCGGAAGACGAUAGUGACAGUCGGGAAUCCCAGUAUCGGUGUUCGCACUGUUUCACCACAAGUUCGCGAGAUUGGGCCCCAGGAGGUAAGGACAGGCAAAUAUUAUGUUGGGACUGUCGCGUGCAUUAUAAAAAGACCAAUGAGCUACCCCCUCUCACAAAUCCCACGGGAGGUGCAAUAGGCGACAAAGAGUCGAACAGCAAAGACAGCAGUAAAGAUAAUUCGGUGAAAGACGGGAAGAAUGAAAAAGACAAAGAACCUGCGUACCUCUUCAGACCAGUUGCCGAGAGUCCUGAUGCCAGUCCACAGCGUAUGCGCACAAGAAACAAGGCUGCAAAGGAACAAACUUCUAAUAGGGCAAGGCCAAAACGGGGAGCAGAGACACCUGAGCCGAAAACGCCCCAGAAGCACGCAAAUAACAACAGCCCUCUCGAUAAAAACGCUACUUCUAAUAGCAACACGCCACAUACCCCAUCGAAAAAUAAAAAGGGUGUGAAGAACGACAAACAGGAAGCGCCGCUGAAAACGAACAGAAAAAGAGGACAAGAUAAGCUAGAAGAGACCGAAAAUGAAGAAAAAGACCUCGGACUGUUCAAAAAGAAGCGAGAAAGGGCAGAGAGUCCUUCGAGUGUUACAACAGAUUCUGGAUCAGUUAAUGACGACGUAGACAACAAUGACGCCGAUCCAGAACCUACCGAUCCUCCGAGCACCAUUUCCACAUCAGUCUCAGUACCUAACAGUACCUGCACAUUAACUACAACAAGAAAUACAGUAAACAAUAACAAUAAUAACAGCAGCAGCAACAAUAAUAACAUCACCCCCGUAUCGACUUCUCAUUCUCAAGAUAUCAAAACCAUUGUCAAAGAAGAUCAACUUUCACCGGCAACGACUGAAAAGCCCACGUCUGCAGCCCCCGUAACUGUUCUACCCUCCGUGCCUGUAAUAACUACUAGUAAGACACAACAGACUUCCGAAAACAACAAGCCCAUCAAUGUGUCCAUACGUCUCCCUGAUGACAUUAAUGAACGCAAGAACCUCAUCAAACGCAAUCUAGAUCACAUGACCGAAAUGAAAGAACUUAAGUAUAAUAUGGAACAGGUCAAAUUCAAUCCUGAACCUGUCAAAUUUAAUCCUGAACCAGUUAAAUUUAACUCCGAACCACCUCCAGCAAUGAAAUACAAUCCAGAACCUGUUAAAUUUAGCGCGUCAGAGCUUACGAAGUUUAAUUCUUUGGAACCCGUGAAGUUCACUCCAGAACCCGCAAAGUUUAACCCUGAACCGAUUAAAUUUAACUCGGAUUCGGUCAAAUAUAAUUCGGAUUCGUCUAAAUNUACCCCAUCGAAAAAUAAAAAGGGUGUGAAGAACGACAAACAGGAAGCGCCGCUGAAAACGAACAGAAAAAGAGGACAAGAUAAGCUAGAAGAGACCGAAAAUGAAGAAAAAGACCUCGGACUGUUCAAAAAGAAGCGAGAAAGGGCAGAGAGUCCUUCGAGUGUUACAACAGAUUCUGGAUCAGUUAAUGACGACGUAGACAACAAUGACGCCGAUCCAGAACCUACCGAUCCUCCGAGCACCAUUUCCACAUCAGUCUCAGUACCUAACAGUACCUGCACAUUAACUACAACAAGAAAUACAGUAAACAAUAACAAUAAUAACAGCAGCAGCAACAAUAAUAACAUCACCCCCGUAUCGACUUCUCAUUCUCAAGAUAUCAAAACCAUUGUCAAAGAAGAUCAACUUUCACCGGCAACGACUGAAAAGCCCACGUCUGCAGCCCCCGUAACUGUUCUACCCUCCGUGCCUGUAAUAACUACUAGUAAGACACAACAGACUUCCGAAAACAACAAGCCCAUCAAUGUGUCCAUACGUCUCCCUGAUGACAUUAAUGAACGCAAGAACCUCAUCAAACGCAAUCUAGAUCACAUGACCGAAAUGAAAGAACUUAAGUAUAAUAUGGAACAGGUCAAAUUCAAUCCUGAACCUGUCAAAUUUAAUCCUGAACCAGUUAAAUUUAACUCCGAACCACCUCCAGCAAUGAAAUACAAUCCAGAACCUGUUAAAUUUAGCGCGUCAGAGCUUACGAAGUUUAAUUCUUUGGAACCCGUGAAGUUCACUCCAGAACCCGCAAAGUUUAACCCUGAACCGAUUAAAUUUAACUCGGAUUCGGUCAAAUAUAAUUCGGAUUCGUCUAAAUUUAAUUCAGAUCCAGGUAAAUUUAACUCAGAAUCAACCGUCAAGUUCAACUCCGACCCUAACAAAUUUAACUCUGACCCAACGAAGUAUAGUUCAGAACCUCAGCCAAAAUUCAGUUCACAACCAGAUUCAAACAAAUUUGCUUCGGAACCCAUAAAAUUCAAUUCGGAGUCCGUUAAGUACAACCCAGAAUUUACCAAAUACAACUCAGAACCCGUCAUGUACCCGAACGAACCCAAAUUCAAUUCCGAGCCUAUCAGGUUCGGCGUUGAACCGCCCAAAUACGUGCAAGAAAUUAAACAGGAACCUGUAAAGAACGAAACGUUCCAUCCCAAACCCGAAAAGGAACUUAAAGAAGAAUCAAAGGAAAACUCGGACAAAGUAAAAACAGAACUUAUAAUACCAAAAGUGGUAACAAUAAAGGAGGAAGUGGAUUCCAGUAAUGAGGCAUUAAAUAUGAACACCAGGGAAGAGCAAAAUGUUUACAACAAGGAAAGUGCCAAUACGUUCAUUCCACAGGCAUAUAACAGUUAUGGACACGUAAAUCAUAUUCACCCAAGUCACGCUUUAAAUCUGAAAGACAACAACGUGCAUGUUAAACAAAACGUCAAAGAAAAAGACCAACAACCUUCACCUUUAAAUUUAAAUCACAACUAUCUUAAAGACCCUCACGUUUACAAAGACACCACAUUAACGAACCAUUCCGUGAAUAUGGUUAUCAAAUUAGAACCCCGUGACGAACCUAUUGAACUUACAAAUUCCUCCAGAAUAGAAAACUAUUCCCAACCACUCAACAUACCAACGGUUAUACCGAUGGCACAACAGUUACAGAGUAGCACACGUCCCAGCGAACCAUUAGAAGAGGAGAAGAAACACGAAUCGAAACCGGAAGAAAAACAGCUGGAAAGACCGGAAAGGCUGCAUAGACCAGAUAAACCCGAUAGGCACGAUUUAAGUGGGAUGGGGUCGUCUAUAGGACAACCCCCACUUCCAAGUCUCAUGCAAUCAAACAAUCUUGUAACUAUUGGCGGACAGUCUCCUUUAAAUCAUUACGGGUACUUGCCCGGGGCUCCGUACAGUCAUCAACCUCGCCCUUAUGACAAGCAUCAUCAGAUAAGCCAUCAGCAGUUACCGCCCAGUCAAAACGAGCCCCAGAAUCUCAAAAUCAAACAGGAAGUUCCCGAUCACAGCAUGGCGUCAUCAAGUGGUAGUGGUGGCAGUAGUACUAGCGGACAUGGAAUACCAUACCCUCACCCGACCCAUUAUCAACCCCAGAAUCAUACAAGCGCCGGUCCACCACCUCCACCACCCUCUGUCUCGAUACAGCCUCCACCUGAUCCCUUGCAAAGUCUAAAGGACGUCAAAGUCCCUGGGUUCAGUCUCCCUUCGGCUGUUAUAUCACAGUCUUCGUCUUCUUCGUCAGAGAGACCCCCGUCAGGCCCUGAGAACAUCAAAAAAGAGCCAGACUUUUCAAGUCAACGUACAAACAGUCCUAGGGACAAAAGCCCGGCUCCAAAACCGAUAAAUAUCGCCCAAACUCCACCUUUAAGGCAGAGCAGUUCAGAAACACCUCCCCACAGCUCGUCUAACCAUGGCGCAAUAAAUCUUGUAAGUCCAAGCGCGGGGAUAGUUGCUCACCCGCCCACAUCACAAGGGAGUCCGUUUGGAGGUCACAUGCCUCCUCCUCAUCCUCUCAUGCAUCAUUCGUUCCUAUUUCCACCUCAUCCAUAUCCUGGGUACCAUUUUUCGUAUCCCUAUCCUUAUGGACCAGUUCCCACUCAGCCUCACGGGAUGCCGCCCGCUCAAAGCCUAAAAGUCGACUCCACCACAUUGUCCAGCUCACAGCAUACUUCAACUAGUUCGGUCACGACGCGCAGGGAGGUUCGAGAGCCGGACGAAGUGAGCGGGUUAGAAAAACGGGAGACUCAGGAGACGACGUUGACUCAUCACCAGUCCUUAUCCCACCACAGUGCGAUUCAUUCGACAACCGAUAAACAGAAUUAUGGGGGCGGAACGAAUCAUACUAUCAGUAUUUCACACUCUACAAGUUCGAGUCAAUCUUUACAGGUUAAAGUGAAUCAGAAAACGGUGCGCACGAAUUCUCCCCAUACUCCUGUGCAGUCGCAGACCCCAACUUCUUCCUCUUCGUCUUCCAACCAGUUAUCUUCUUCGACUAGCCAACACACUCACCAUCACACACAUCACCACGAAAGAUUGUCUCCUGCAAAUCCCAUGAUAGGAAGUAGACACAACAACAAACCAUCCCCGGUUAAUCCCCAUCAUUUAAUGAUUCAACCCCCAAGUAUGGGACACCAUCCGUCACUAGGACCUCCUCCUCAAAUGGCCACUAGUUCGUUGGAUGCCUUGCGGGCUCACGCGGCCCAAGCGGCGGCAAAUAUGCAACAGCAACAACAACAACAGCAGCAACAGCAACAGCAACAAAGUCCUAUGCAACCCCCUUCAAGUUCUCCCAUGUCCCUUUCUGUUGCCCAAACUCCACGAAUUAUUCCCGAAGAAGUUAAGAUCGAACCUGACCCCGAACCAGUGCCUGAAGAAGAUAGUCAAAGUAGUCCUGUCGGACCCUCCCGAGGACCUUCACCAGAACCCCGAAUAGAAGAUAGCGAGUGUCACCGAAGUCAGUCAGCAAUAUUUUUACGUCACUGGAAUCGGGGAGACUACAAUUCGUGCGCAAGGACUGAUUUGACCUUUAAACCUGUUCCCGACUCUAAACUUGCUCGUAAACGCGAAGAAAGACUGCGAAAACAAGCGGAGAGAGAAAGAGAAGAACGCGAAAGGGCUCAGCAAGCACAGCAACGUAAAAUUACAACACCGGAUAAACCGGAAGUAAAACCACCUUCUAGAGGACCACUAGAAACUGUUAGCUCGCCCUACGACAGAUUUCCAAGACCUGGAUUUACGGACACGCCAGCCUUGAGACAGCUGUCCGAAUAUGCAAGGCCUCACGCAGGCUUCAGUCCAGGCCAUAUGUCGCGUUCCUUACUGCCGCCAGCCCACUGUAUGGAUCCUAUGCUUCAGUAUCAGUUGAGCAGCAUGUAUGGUCCAGGAGCAAGGGAACGACUCGAAUUGGAACAUUUGGAGCGCGAGAAACGCGAAAGGGAGAUUCGGGAACUUAGAGAACGAGAACUAAACGAUCGACUUAAAGAGGAAAUCAUGAAAAGUGGAAUGAGAGGCCCUCCGAAUCCCAUGGAUCCCCACUGGCUCGAAAUACAGCGUCGCUAUGCAGCUGCUGGACUGGCUGGACCUGGAGGUCCUGCAGGAAUUCCUCUUCAUCACUUUGCCCUCUAUCCUGGUGCGGGUGGUAGUGGGCCUUUGUCGCAACUGGAACGGGAACGUCUGGAGCGUCUUGGUAUUCCACCUCCGGGACCUCCAGGUCCGCCUGGUGCGCCCCCUGGAGGCCCCCACGGUCCUCACCACCCAGCUUCCCAUGCUGCCCAGUUGGAAGCUGCUGAACGUUUGGCAUUAGCUACUGAUCCAAUGGUGCGAUUGCAAAUGGCCGGUAUUUCCCCCGAAUAUCACGCUCAUACGCAUGCCCAUACACACGCGCACACCCACUUACACCUCCACCCGCAACAACAGCAGGCACAACAGGAAGCUGCGGCCGCUGCAGCUGCGGGAUUCCCAUUGCCAGAUCCUCUUUAUCUUUCUCUAGCUUCCGGCGGGCCGGGGUAUCCGAGACCGGGCAUGAUACCCGGCCGAGAGCCGCCUUUAGGUUUGCAUCAUCCCGAUUUGUUGGGACGACCGUAUGCGGACCAGUUGGCGCAUCAGGCUGCAGCACAUGAACAAUUACAGAGACAAAUACUGCUCGAGAGAGAACGCUUUCCCCCUCACCCUUCCCUCGUUGCUCAACAUGAAGAAUACCUAAGACAACAGAGAGAAAGGGAACUUAAAGUAAGGGCUUUAGAAGAAGCAGCGAGAGGCGGUUCGAGACCCUAAAAGGAGCAAGUCCGAGUAAAUGUUAUGAAUUCGUAAUACCAAUUCCGAAUUUUGAUAGUAUUUUUAUCCCUUAUAGCGAAUACAAAACAC